CAAACAGUCCAACAAGUCAGUCUAACACUUCAAAACAUCAAAGCCAUGUGACAACACCCGAAAUAUUCUCUCCAAAAAACGUUCACACAGCGAAAAUGGAGUCGAUGUCAGAGCAGCAGAGGUACCGAAUCCAACAGGAGGAGUUUGUCUCGAACCAUGGGGGCAGCUCACCCCUGGAGAUACUCCUCCUGAUGCUCCCAAACAUCCUCGCCAUCAGCCUCACCCAUUUCGUCCUCCUGAAAUACGGUAGAAAGCUACCCAGGAACAUCCAAACGUUCGUCGAGUUCGUUCUGAAUGUCGUACCCUGCGUCCUCUGCUGCACGAUCCUCUCGGAGUACACGAUACCAGUCUCCAUGGUCAUGCUGACGGCAUCAGUACUUUUCUCCCAGAACAUCCACCUGGCCCCCAAGACCAUCCGCACGGAGAGGUCCACGAAGAGGAUACCGUUCCUGACGCACUUUCGAGCUCUCACCAACAUCAUCACUGCUAUUUGCAUCCUGGGGGUGGACUUCAGGGUCUUCCCCAGGAAAUUUGCCAAGACCGAGGUGUACGGGUACAGUCUCAUGGACACUGGGGUUGGCCUCUUCGUCAUGGCGAAUGCUCUAGUGGCCCCUGAGGCCAGAGACUUCCUGGAUAUCCCCAGAACGAAUCUGAUGAGGAGGUUCUCGGAGAACGCUAGGGUCUGCAUCAGGGGGUCGGCCCCUCUCUUGGUCCUGGGCUUCGGGAGGUUCCUGGCUGUUGAGUACUCUGGGUAUCAGAAGCACGUGUCUGAGUACGGGGUACACUGGAACUUCUUCGUCACCUUGGCCUUCGUCAAGAUCUUCACGAGCACCAUAUCGAGCGCCAUCAGCUCUAAAUUCGCGGGGCUGACUGGACUCUGGAUUAUCGGGAUGCAUGAGUACGCGCUGAGCACGAAUGGACUGAAGGAGUGGGUCCUUGGGAACACCCCGAGGGUGGAUUUUGUCUCGGCAAAUCGAGAGGGACUGGUGUCUGUUCCUGGUUACGUGGGGCUUUAUCUCAUUGGCAUUGCUGUGGGGAGGGUCGUGCAUAUGACGUUCAACUCCGCCAGGCGGCACGCCUUGGUGACGAGGUUCAAGGUUCAUGGGGUGGAGUUUGUGUGCAGCAAGUUUCAUCUGAUUUUGGUCAGCAAGCUGCUGAUUAUGGCCUGCAUGAGCUGGGGGGUUACUUUCUUCUGUGACUCGAGGUUUGGGGUCUCGAGGAGACUUACUAAUGCUGGGUACUGCUUCUGGAUCGUGGCCCUCAGUACCACUGUGCUUGAUGGACUACUGCUGGUGGAUAUUCAGAUGGAUAUCGUCAGGCAGAUCGUGGGUGGGAAGAAGAGGAGCAGCAGGAGUGAGAGCAAACGAGUUACGUUUGAGGAUGGGGACUCCGAGGGGGAGGUUGUGAGGAUCACACCGGAGAUUUUUGAGGCUGUUAAUUAUAAUGGACUGGUGUUCUUUCUUCUUGCUAAUCUGGUGACUGGGGUGGUUAAUAUGAGUAUGCGGACUCUUUAUGUGGAGGGGCUUCAGGCACUUCAGGUUAUUAUCGCUUAUAUUGCGACGGUUAUCGGGGUCUCGGUGAUCCUUUACAGGCGUAAAAUUCAAGUGAAGCUGUAAUUAGGGGAACAAGUACUUGAUUUUUCAAAAGUUUGAGUGUUUUAUUAAGUCGUGUGGAUUCAAGAGAUAUGUACAGUUUUCGAUAGGAAAGUAAUGAGUGUUCAGUUUGAAUGAGAUGAAGAUUCAAUUGAGUGUUAAAAAAUAUCUGGGUUAAUCAAGUCCAAUUAAAUGAAGCCCAAUUAAAUUUUUUCAUUAGGGGAACAAUGUAUUGAAUCUUUAAAAGUCCCAACAUUUUAUUGAUUCGUGUGGAUUGAAGAGAUAUGUACAGUUUUCCAUAGGAAAAUAAUUAUUCAGAUGUAACUGUAAUUGAGAUACAUUUGAGCAGUGGAAUGGAAUGAUUUUUCUCCUUCUUUCUGAGUAUCUAAAAAUAUCUGGAUAAAUGGUAACUAGAGAGAACUUUAGUGCGAAAAACAACUCUUCGCAUUAUCUUCAUAAUUCCUCUCUCGAUGUGCCAUGGAUAUCUUCGCGUGACUCUAUCCUCUUUGACUUUCUAUUAACAAAUUCCUGAAAGUCUCGGUGGUUAUUUACGUGCUCCGCCGCAAGCGAUACGAUCCUCACGAACUCGUCAGUGUCAAAACUGUAGUUUGUGAAUUUGGCAUGUGCACCGCCGUCCGGAUGAGUUCCCUUAGAUAAAGAAUAUAUUUUGCAUUUUAGAUUUUUCGUCAGGGUGAGCUAAGAAUGAGGAGAGAAAUGAAGGGAUAAUUGAUGGGUUCGAGGGCACUUACAGGGUCUUGUUGUAUUAAUUUUUCACCGUCUUCCCAUGUGAAGUAUUUUACACCUCGCAAUCUGGCGAGAUCUUUGUAGCAACCAGCGUCUUCACAAUUGUACCUAAAUGUAUAAACAAAUUGUUAGGAUGAAGUAAUAAGUAGUUUUCUGUUGAUUAAGUGGAGGGAUUGAUCGUCCAGCGAUUGAACAAAUGAUAGUUGAUAAUAAUUCCAAAGAAAUCAUUACAUUCCAUGUAAUUAAUCAUUUCUUCUAGUCUACAAUGAGAGAAAAAACGAACAUGUUCUCAAACAAGUCUUGCUUGCAACGAGGAUAUUUUUUUUUUAAAUUAUUAAAUCUAUUUUUGCGAGAACAAUUUUCCAUCUCAGGACAGCCUUCAAAUAGUCAGCACUAGAUUUUAUUUUUUUGUAGUUUUCAACUGGCGAUUUUUUUGGUUCAAACCAGGGAUCGACUUCAAUCAUUAGUUUUAGGAAUAUUUGGAUUAAAAUUUAUAAAAUAAUUGAUAAUUUCAAUUAUCAAUUGACCACGAAUUAAAUAGUUGAAAUAUAGGAUUGUAAAUGUUAUAAUUGAAAAUAUGGGAUUUCAAAUUGACUAUUGGGCAAAAUAUUUCUAAAUUUUUUAAAAAGGUUUUUCGAUUAACCAAAUAAUCGUCAAUCCUCCGAACUCAAUGAUUG